CUGCAGAAAACAGCCAAAGGAAGAGGACGCAGAAAGAGCAAGUUCAUUGACAACAGCCUCAUCGACUCGUCGCUGUCAUGGCCCAGCUCUGCAGAACAGCUGCCCUGCUCCUGAAGCCCAGCCGAGGCCUGCCCGCCGCCCUGUCCGCUGCACGCCACUACAGCUCAGGGGGUCAGUAUGAAUACAUCGUGGUGGAGAAGCGAGGGGAGAAGCAGAAUGUAGGUUUCAUCCAGCUGAACCGGCCCAAGGCACUCAACGCUCUGUGUGACGGGCUGAUGAUGGAGGUGGGACGGGCUCUGGACAACUUUGAGGUUGAUGGAGAUGUCGGAGCCAUCGUCAUCACUGGCAGUGAGAAAGCCUUUGCUGCGGGGGCGGACAUCAAAGAGAUGCAGAAUCGAACCUUCCAGGAGUGUUACGGUGGAAACUUCCUGGCUCACUGGAACAGAGUGUCCACAGUGAAGAAGCCUGUGAUUGCGGCCGUCAACGGAUUUGCACUGGGCGGAGGCUGUGAACUGGCAAUGAUGUGCGACAUCAUCUACGCCGGAGAGAAGGCUCAGUUCGGCCAGCCAGAGAUCCUGUUGGGGACCAUUCCUGGAGCGGGUGGCACUCAGAGGUUGACCCGCGCAGUGGGAAAGUCCUUGGCUAUGGAGAUGGUACUAACAGGAGACAGGAUUAACGCUCAAGAAGCCAAGCAGUCAGGUCUGGUGAGUAAAAUUGUCCCAGUGGACCAGCUGGUGUCAGAAGCCAUUAAAUGUGGGGAGAAAAUUGCUGCCAAUUCCAAGCUGGUCUCAGCUAUGGCUAAAGAGGCUGUUAAUGCAGCCUAUGAGCUGACUCUGGCUGAGGGGAACCGUUUGGAGAAGAGGUUAUUCCAUGCGACCUUUGCUACGGAUGAUCGUAAGGAAGGCAUGACUGCAUUUGUGGAGAAGAGAAAAGCCAGUUUCAAAGACAAGUAGAGAAGAGUUGAUUGUGAACUCGGCCAAGAGCACAAAGUUCCUGGAAUCAGCAGGUCAUUUCCCAAUCUGAAAUCUGUCCUGAAGUUGGAUGCUGCAGAAACAUCCUGAUGCUAGUGGAACAUAACAUACUAAGCAAACUUAGGAUCUGGCACUGAGUGAAAACACAAGUGUGUCUUAUCACAGCUGAGCCCUGCCUGUCUGUCCACAGUAUCAAAAUCAAAUGCUGUGUACAUUCAGUAGUGCCGUGUGUCUAUAUGUGAAUACACUAUCAAUCCACCUUGAUUACUAAUACUGAUUUUGCCUUCAUUGUCACUGUCAGACCCUUGCCUACAUUUUGUUGGCUGCUGUUUUUUUUCCUAUGUACAUUUUGCAAAUAAAGCAAUAUCCUGGUUUUGAGUAACUGUGAAA